AUGUCGUACUUCACUGAAUACAAGGAUCUGAUCGCCGAAGGUGACCUCGUAUUGGUGUGGAUUUCUCGUGGGAAUGUCAAGCAAUUGCGCAUCAAGUCUGGCGAGGUUUUUAAUACUAGGUACGGGUCCUUCGCACAUGACGACAUAGUGGGACGCCCGUACGGUUCGCAGAUUGGUGUUCGCACCAAGGGUAGUAAUCGUUUUGGGUUCAUACAUGUACUACAGCCGACACCGGAACUGUGGACACUAUCGCUGCCGCAUAGGACUCAGAUUGUAUACACUCCCGACUCCUCAUAUAUCAUGCAGCGUCUCGGAUGCAGCCCACAGUCGAGAGUGAUUGAAGCUGGGACGGGGUCAGGGUCAUUCUCUCAUGCAUUUGCUCGCACUGUAGGGCAACUGUUCUCAUACGAGUUCCACCAUAUGCGUUAUGAACAGGCGCUGGCGGAAUUUCAGGAGCACGGACUUAUUGCAGACGGGAAUGUCACUAUCACGCACCGGGAUGUGUGCCAGAAAGGCUUCCUAAUAAAGGCCGGGGACACAACCUCUUAUGAAUUCCUUGAGGGCCAGGAUUCAGUUUCUGUCAAUGCAGACUGCAUCUUCUUGGACCUGCCUGCCCCAUGGGAAGCCAUUCCGCAUCUGGAUGCUGUAAUAGCCAAAGAUCGCACUGCACGUCUGUGCUGCUUCUCGCCGUGUAUUGAGCAGGUGGACAAGACUCUGGAGGCUCUCGAGCUACACGGCUGGGAGGAGAUUGAGACUGUUGAAAUACAAGGAAGGCAGUACGAAUCGCGGAGGCAGAUGGUCCGUCAGCUAGAUGAUGCACUGGAGAGAUUGCGUGAUGUAAAAAGACGCAAGCAGCAUGGAACCGAGCGCCGCAAAAGACUGGGCGAGCAGUUGGGUUCCGUUGAAGAGUUGACAGAUGACGUGAGGCCGAAGACGCCUAAAACCAGCUACAAUCCUUUUGGAAAAGGCUCAAGGGUGAAAGAGGGCGACAAUGGUUUUGAAUGGAAACAAGUGGCAAAGGUGGAGUCUGAGAUUAAGUCACAUACAUCAUACCUAACGUUUGCCAGUAAAAUCCUUUUCAAAUCACGUGACGAGAAUACCGUUUCCCAGCUAUUGGAGCAAUAUAAGGACUUUAAUCCGAAUGUAAAAGCUGCUAGCAAGCUUGAUAAACGUCCGCAGGAGACUUCUUUCGAAGAGUCUCAGGCCUCAAAUUCUGUAUAA